CGGGAACCAACCGUACGCUGUACUAGUUUGCCGCCCGCCAGACAGUCGGGACAACGAGCGUUCAAUAUACUCGGUGUCUCAUUAAAAUCGUUAUUUACCGCCGUUUAAGAUAAUCAACAAAAUAAAUUGAAAAUUUUAUGUGAUAAAGAUAAGUGGAAAGUGCGCCAUUCUCCAAAUUCAAAUUUCGAACGUUAAGUGAAUUUAGAGUAAAAAGUUUUUACACUUGACUAAACUUCUUGGAGAAUUACGGUGUUUUUACAUGUUGUGUUUGGAUCGCAAUUUUGAUCCGUAAGCCGAAGCUUGAUUUCAAUAAAAGGAUGCGCGAGAGUCUCAAGCGACUAGCUUCUGAUGAUGGCAUGGAGCGGCGCGUCGGAUCCAAGCGGCGUGUGAGGGUCGAACUGCUGGAUGGAGAGCAUAUCACCAUCGAUGUAGACCGCAAAGCUCGCGGAUCUGAUCUGCUGGACCAGGUGUGCGAGAGACUCAACGUGCUGGAGAAGGACUUCUUCGGAUUGUUGUACCUGCUGCGAGGAGACCCUCGAGUCUGGGUUGAUCUCAACAGACGCCUCUCUAAGACUUUUAGAAAUGAGCCGUGGGACGUAAGGUUUGCGGUGAAGUUUUACCCUCCUGAGCCUUCUGAGCUGAAGGAUGACACAGCGAGGUUCCAGAUCAGCCUGGCGGUGCGCCGGGACUUGGCUGAAGGCCGUCUCUCCUGCUCUGCCAUCACGCACGCUCUCCUCGCGUCUUACGUACUGCAAGCAGAGCUGGGAGACUACGAGCCGGCGCACAGUCUUACCACGGAACUGGCGCGGCUCAAGGUGGUGCCCGUCAGUGCACUCACAGACACCCUCGAGGAGAACAUCGAAAGAUUGUACAAGAAGCAUAAAGGCCAGUCGCCGGCGGAGGCGGAGCUGAACUACCUGGAGAACGCGAAGAAGCUGUCGCUGUUCGGCGCGGAGCUGCACGGCGCUAGAGACUCCAGCGACGUCGACAUCGCGCUCGCCGUGUGCGCACACGGCGUCUCCGUCUACAGAGACGGGCUAUUGAUGAACCGUUUCCCCUGGACCAAGAUGCUGAAGAUCAGCUACAACAAGCGCUGCUACACGCUCAAACUCCGGGCAAACGAGUUCGAUGAGUACGAAACGCAUCUCAGCUUCAAACUUCCCUCCACGCGCGCCUGCAAGAAACUGUGGCGCUGCAGUGUCGAACAUCACAUGUUCUUCAGACGCGAAGCGCCUGUGAAAGUGGAGCGCGUUCUGGGGUUCCCUCGCCUGGGGUCCCGCCGACUGUCCUGCCGCCGGACGCUGCGACAGAUGAGGGCGGAGCCCGAGUUGCCGCGAGAGAUCACCGCUUGACACAUACUCGCCACUGACGAUUGUCGCGUCAUCGUCAUCAUAAGCUGACAGAGAUAAUGUAAACCUAAGUUUAGAGUACCAAGUUCUCACAAUACAUUGCGCACGAAGUGCGACUCGCCGCAACUCCUGCAAGCUAAGAUUGCAGUAUUUACUGUGAUUGUUUCCACAGUAAAAAUCUUCCUUUUGAAAGUCAACUUCUGCAGGUUUUCUUGAUAAUCUAAACAUAAAUAAAUUUGUUUUUACCAGCGAUUCAUACCUUAAAUUUUCAGAGAGCUAAAUAGGCACGCUCUAUAAUAUUAAAAAAUCACGCACAUAUUCAUAAAAUACAUUUUAGAUGUCUAAGUAUAAUUUGCAAUUUCUUUCAUAAUCAACUGUCUCUACAAUAUUUAUAAGCAACAACAUAUAGAAAAUUAAAUAUUUCAAACAGCCUACACCCGUUAAAGUUUAUUGUUUGAUUUUAAUUUUAAAUGAACUAAAUAUAGAAACUGUUUUUAAUAAUAAAACAUCACGAAAUAAGUUAUUGUGCACGAAACAUUAUGUAAAAGUAAAACAAGUUUGUAGCUAUAAUGUUAUUUAGCUUGUUGUAGUGUCUAGCACAGAAAUAGAAAUAUACUUAAGUAAAUUAGAAAAAUAUGCUAAAAUAAUAAUUAUAAAGGGGACAAUUUCUUUUUGUCCAAAAAAGAUAUUUUGUAUUGAAUGCGUAAAAUUUGGUAAGCUCCUUCAUGACCUGGAUAGGACCUCAUAGAGUAGGGUUGCCAAAUUGUAAUAGCACUAAUAGGAUUUUUGAGAUUCUUUUUGGUGUGAUUUGAUUAAUUUAAGAUUAGGUUAAAUAAAAUGUCUUCAAAAUUAUAUAUUCAAUCACAAACACAAAGUGCAGACAGUCAGCAAUCAACUUAAUUUAGCAUACAGAAAGUUUGUGACCCCGGGAAGGACUUGGGCUACUUCUUAUCUCGGUAAUACUUCUUCACGCAGGCGGAGUUACGAACAAAAGAUACUUUUUAAACAAAAUUAAAUCAUAGUUAAAUAUAUGGCAACCCUACCUACUACUGAAAUUGAAAGAGAAACAUAAGUUUGUUGCUAAAAUAUUGUUCUCGCUAAAAUAUUAUUCUGUAAUAAUAUUGAAUUAACUGCAAGUGAUGUUGAAUUUUUGACUGAAUAUAAUAUCGUGAUGUUAGAUCGUUUACUUUAUUACCGAUUACCAAAUAAAUAAAGUUAUCUGUCGUUCUCAGAGGUCUAGGAUACGUUUAGUCCUUCCAACAAAGUUACUGAAUCAAAUUCAUGAUCUCUUACGUUUACACGGAUGUUAGACACGUAAAUUAAGUUCUGUGACUGUGGUCAGUGCAGUCCCCCCGUGGCCACGGAGGAUGCAAAGUCUUCGAACGUCGGGAGAAAAUUAAAAAACAAUGAUAAAAUCCGAAAAAUAGUUUAAUUUAAAUGUCUAACAUUCGCGUAAACGUAUGAAAUCAUUGCAAAUAUAUACUGUACCACUAAGUAAUAACACCAGUAAACAGAUUAGUUAGCUGAUAAUGUGCCAUUUUUAUGUUAAUAUCCAUAAGUUUAGUACUGUUUAGACUUAAAUAUACAUAUGUAAUUUAGUUCAUAAUCGCAUCUCAUCCUCUCGCAGUGACAGCCCUGAGCUAAUGUUCGUAAGCCGUUAGGUCGCCGUCAGCAUGCUCGCUUAAUUUUCAAAGGUCGCGAGCGCCUGAAGCGCUCACUCAGAAGUCCGGUGUGCUUGUGUAGGCAGGCCCUUGUCAGGCUAACAAACGUAAGGUCAUGCUAAAAAAUAUAUUUUAUUUGACAAAGAUUGAAAUAACGCACUGGGAAAUUGACAGUUGGAAGCAACUAAUUUCAUACUAGUCUAGUGUUAUUCGACAAGUUGGAGCCCGUUCAAGAAUUAUUUAACCAAGAUUUUAAUAUUUUUAACUCGCCUAUCCCUCUCCUCUCCCUUAUCAGCAGAAGUAAGCAAAGCUCUUACACUCCCUCUCUCCUACAUAUGUCUACAUAAUCCUAAGUGUAAGGUUUACAAAAUAAUGUUUGUAAAAUUUCAAUUUUCUUUAUUAAGUAUAACUUAUCUAUCCAAAACAACCUAGCUACGCCCGUGCGUCCGCUGCUGUUACUACACUGGCUCUUUCUGUUAUUAUUUUAUCUGGAAGGCAGGCAAAGCAGGUGGGUCUGUAAAGCUAAUUUGAGGUAAGAAAAUGUAUACGAAUCUCCUUGCUAAUAAAAAUUAGAGGUAGAGAAGAUAUUUUUACCAUGUAUUGCUGAUACUCCGAUUGUCAAAGAACUUGUAACUGCGUAUACUGUAUAUUUUUAUAAUCGAAGUAGCCUCAAUAGAAUAAAGAGUAUUUUUACAGAUAAA